AUGCCUUCAUUGCACCGGUGGGGAUAUCAAAACAAGAAGGAAUCCGGCGCUUCCCAGCUUGAGGAGGAAGGAGUCCGACCUGUCGCCACCUCUCAUGCACCUCCUUUGUCGCCGCCCUACUCUGUCAAAAGAAGGAAGAAGAGAGUCGCCGCCACCUGGAUUUUAACCUGUCUGACGAGCAUGCGAGAGAGACAAGUCACACGUGACGACGGAUCAGGGUGGGCAACCCGCACUUCUGACGAACGGUCGGCGAAGCGUCGGGGCGGCAGGAAACCUAUAUGA